AUGUACUGCAUGAAACUCAACAGGCUGUGGCUUAGAGAAGCUCCAACUGGGUCACUCACACUAGAGCCACCGUCUGAAGUGGACCUUCACGGAGAAAUUCCGAUUUUCCCGUUCAAGGGAGAACUCUGCUUCAGGAAAUUAUCUCUGGGUCCUUCUUCUUCGAAGAUGAGCCGGUGCACACAAGUACUGAAGGACAACAUGUCCAUUAGGGUGUUGAAGCCGUUCAGUGCAGUGGCCACUGUCAUGACGGUCGCAACACUCCUUUGCUUCUAUGGACUUACCACCCUCUCUCAAGAGGCUGUUGGGGCGUACAGACGUUACCCAACAUUCGGUGGUGGCGUGGGCGGUCGCUUUGGCCCAGGGCGAGGCCCCAUUCCCUAUGGGCCAGGCCCUCGUAUUCCCGGGAGGUUUGGCCCAGGAGCCGUUGGCCAUGGCGGUUUUCGCGGAGGAAUGGGCGGUUACUUUCCAGGAGGGGGCCCCGGCCCAGUUAUAAGGCCUGGCCUCAUGCCUUACGUAGGUUUCCCAGGACGCAGGCCAUUUCAUUUCUCUUCUCCCUCGCAUUUGUCUAAUUUCGGACCAUCCCACCAAUAUCCAUUUGUUCCCAUGGGGAAUAUGCAAGGAGGAAAUGCAGGCGCCGGACCUGGGGAAGAGGCACCGAGUGGCGGAGAGGCUUCUGGAGAAACAGAAGGUGAACCAGCCGGGGAGUCAGAGUCGACGAACAAUCUGUUCAAUUACAUGACCCAAGAUGAAGGCGGACUUUCCAAUCAGGCACCUUCCAGUGACUCUUUUUUCUCAAACACGGAAAAUUCUGCGUCCAGUGAAGGUUCAGAGGCUGCUGUUGAAGGCAUGGGUGUAGACGAAGACCACAGCGGCGGAAUUGAGGAUGACGACGAGGAGAAAGUUGGAAAAUAUCCAGAGGACAUAAACGAGAACGACGGUUUUUUGGCACAAAAAGAGGAGAGUAAGAAAGAAGAGGAGAGAAAAGAGGUUGACAGGCAAGCAGAAUCUAGUGCACAGAAGGAACAGGCACGUGAGGAAGAACUGGCGAAGCGGCCUGCAAAGAACGAGGAAGCAAAAGAAGCAAAGAAGGACGAGCCAAAGAAAGAGAAAACAGACGAAGAGGGGACGAAGGAAGAAGAGGCAAAGAGAGAUAGGCCAGACGAAGCACUUGACACAGAAGAUGCGGGCGGGGAGGAGAAAAGCAAAGAAGAGAAGAAAAGUACACACGAAAAUGGCAGGCACACAUGA